AUGCCCGCAGUGACAUCAAUAUUUAUCACUCUACUUUUAGUAGGCUUUUCGGCUCCAGUCUUAGGGAUGAUUGGAGUCGAAAUUGCGUUCGUUCCUAUUUGGGACCCUACAUGUCGAAUUGUACCCUGGGACUUCACACGAUUGGAGCCUACAGGGUGCCACUCCGCUGUUCCAGAAUAUGAAGCCUUCCUCGGACAUGUUCGGCUUCGGACAGCUUACCCAUACCUCGAAGACAUCCCAGACGCAAUUGCGAUAUAUGACGGUGACUGCACCAGGUCGAAUGCUACACUUGUCAUAUUUCCUUACAAACUUCAGUUUGUGGACCAAGAAGUUCAUGUGACUGAAGAGCCGGAAUGGAGCGAUAUAGAAUACCCUGAGAAUGCGAGGUACCAGGUAUUAAAGGAAGGGAGUCUAGAGUGGAAGAAGAUCCUUGGUAGUAAGCCUUCUGUGCCUACGAAAGAAGGUGAUGUUCUAUACAAGAAGAAAGAUGGACAAUGGGGCAGUUUACCGAAUGAGAUAUGGGUAUACCCAGCACGGCAGUGGGGAGGAUCUAGAGGGUUGAAAAAGACGCUUGAUAUUUAUGAAAAAGGUGUGGGUUUGCGACCCGAGCCUCUCGUACAGCCAUCCAGGUUCGAGAAUUUGAAUAUGAGACUUGGGACUCUGGAAAGGCAAUUUCCAAACAGUCCGGAUUCUGUGCUGGCAAGGCCUCGAAUAGGAGACGACGAAGAUCGACUUCCAGGUUGGCUAUCGAACCCGCAGACACGAAGGGAGUGGGCAGGGACAGAGGAUAACCCGUUAGUUCCGCAACAAAGGAAAUACCCUAUGAAAUGUGGGGGGCAGCCGAUCAGAUAUAAGGACUCCUUAACAGAAAUGACUGAACAAACCGACACAUUCGAAAAAGUAUCGCCAGGGUUCAGGUUAUUCAGGAAUAACCGGGCACGCUCACCCCUCCAGAUCCCUCCUGUGAAACCUGGCACAAUAGGAUCGAAUAAAAUUCGCGUUCCAAACCCAAGACUUCCAAAGGUACAAGCCCCUUCGGGGUUUUCGCAAUCAAGAUCACAGUCCCCAGACGACUUUGGUUGGGAUGUAUUGCGGCCUCAAAGGGGACACCAAAAUCAAGACCCGACUCCAAACUACCUUGGAGGUAGACUUCGAGAAAGUGCUGAAAGAGAUGACACUAUCACAGAAAUCCCUGAUGAAUUAUCCCCUGGAGAGAAGAUUCGAGUGGACAUGAAAGAAACAGAAUACGACCCGAUUUUAGCAGGGCUAACAUCAUCGGCUUUCCGGAGUGAUAUUAGACCUCUGGACUCACUGUCUCCAAUCUUACCACUGCAACAUUCUUUAUACUGGUUCAUUUUCAAAGUUAAGUGUGCGAAGUCCCCAAAGGUUGGCCAAUUGGUUUUCAAAUCUUCUGCGUAUGACAUUGCAUUUACUGACGACGACACCAAGUAUAAUGGGUACGACUACAACUUCGCCUUUCUUGCCCGCACCAAGGGGCAGGAAACUUGCAACCGCCUACCUAUAGACCUCAAUAUUGAAAAGGGGCCGAAUGAAAUUCUCGUCCGAGCUAGAAAUGGGAAUACUCCAGUUCCAAAUUUUAUAGCGCUUUAUAAUAACGCCUCUCCCCAACUUGGAGAAUGCAAUCAUCACAGUCUUAGGAUGAUUUUAGCCUUUGACCCUAAUGUAUUUGAUAGGCAACAGCUGCAAAAAGUUCGGGUAAAAAACAUCAGGUAUUGGAAGGAGAUAGAUUAUAACUCAGAGGAUCGACCUGAAGGCUAUGAAUCUUUUUUGUCUUACUUUCGUCCGUUGCCAGGAGAGUUUUUAAUGAAAGAUGUCACGACUUUGAUGUGGAAGCAUAGGGGGACAAACCCGAGAACAUUGGGAUGGAACGAAGGUCCGGUUCUACCAAAUCGUCGCCGCGAUGAAACGGUAUCUAUAAUUUCAGAGGAAGAAAUUGAAGAGGAAGAAAUCGAAGAGGAAGAAAUCGAAGAGGAAGAAAGCGAUCACCCCUAUACAGACUCUUCCACUCAUCUCUCAUCCAAUAAUGCUGAGACGGAUGGAGGCGCUAUUCUGUCCGAUCUAUUACUGCUGACUCCAGAGGAGGAUGAGCCUGAAAACAUAUUCGAUUUCUGGGCGCCGGAUACCCCCCCUGAAAUACGCAAUGCAAUUGAGGAGUUGGAUAUCGCUUCUAUUGCACGCCCUGAUCAAAGCUGGGUUUCGAGUAUUGGGGGAUCUAGAAUUCCAAUGGGUAUGCGUGCGAACCGAUUCGAAAACUUUAUGGAUAGCCCAGAUCUGGAUAGCAUCCCCGGCCGUGGUUUUUUGAGUAAUCAUCGAAACAUCCAACAAGUAGAAAAUCAUCAGGCGUUCGGGAUGAAUGAGGAACAAAAUAAGAAUGUGUUUUAUGACCUCCCGUAUAGUGAGGAUUUUCCUGAGGACAUUGAUAUCACUGCUUUCCAACAAUCCCCCCCAGAUUUUUAG